UUGGGGUUUGACUUUAGAGAGGUCAAGAACACAAAAUUUGUAUUGGACAUUUUCUACGAAGCAGUGUUUCAUUGUGACGGGUUAAAGCGUCUAUCACUUCGUCGUUUGCCUUUUGUUAUGGAAAGCAAACAAUUCUGACGCGGUAUAUAUAAUGUGUGCUGCCUAGAGUAGCUCUCUGAACACAAAACACUGGAGUUAAAUAAGUAGCGGAAUGUUUGAGUAAAUUGUUUAGGUUAACCUUACUUUCAACAGGACAGCGUAGAUUAUACAAAGUGAUUUGUGGAUCUUCAGCUGCUCUGCUUUACAGAGAAAGAUGAGUGUAGCAGGCCUCUGGAGAUCUUACCAGGCAUUAAUGGCCAGAAAGCCAUGGACUGUGCAAAUAAUAACAGCUGGCUCUCUGAUGGGGGUGGGGGACGUCAUCUCCCAGCAGCUGAUUGAGGGGCACGGCUUGACGAACCACAGCUUUAGACGCACCACAAAGAUGAUGAGCAUUGGCUUCUUUUUUGCUGGACCAGUUAUUGGUGGAUGGUACAGAGUACUAGACAGACUUGUCAUUGGGGCAGGUAAAAGUACUGCACUGAAGAAAAUGCUACUUGAUCAGGUGUGUUUUGCUCCUUGCUUUCUUGGAGCUUUUCUAGGAAUCUACGGAACCCUCAAUGGGCUCACUGUGGAAGAGAAUGUAGCUAAGCUCAAGAGGGACUAUAUGGAUGCCUUGAUCACCAAUUACUAUUUGUGGCCUACUGUUCAGAUUGCCAAUUUUUAUUUCAUCCCCCUUCACCACAGAUUGGCUGUUGUGCAGAUUGUUGCUGUGGCCUGGAAUUCAUACCUCUCAUGGAAAGCCAAUAAAAUGUAGAGAAAUCCA